AUGGGUUCUGGGUCGACUAAUCUUACCUUCUACUCAUUUUUUCCUGGAAGUAUUUUCAAUCAAUUAUCUAGUGAAAAUAUCACAGCGUGUAUAUUAGGCGAUGGCAUAUAUAUAUAUAUAUAUAUAUAUAUAUAUAUAUCUUGUGGAGAAUGCACAAUUUUACUAACAUAAUUCCUAAAUUUAGGGUGCUAAAUCAAAAAAUGUCUUCUUUUCUUGCACACUGAGCAAUUUGUAUAUCACACACAAAAAAAAUAAUCCAGGACGCUUUAAAACCCUGGGAAUUUCGAAAAAAUAUUCAAACCCGUAAUUGAGAAUCCCGUCAUAAAUGCGAGAAUCCAGAGGGGAGUCCCAAAGAGUGAGAGAGAGAGAGAGAGGGAGAGAGAGAGAGGGGGCUAUAGAAAAAAGGCGAUUCAACGCGCCCGCCGAAAAGGGUUUAAAAUGAAGAGCGGAUUUAUAAAUCGUUUUUUCUCGAAAUUGGGAAAAUACUUUUUUUGGCCCUGGGCGCUCUUCUGUCCGCCUCGGGCAGGCACGUACAGGCAGCCCCCGAACAUUGUCUCCUCAUCGAAGUCCUUCCCCCUCCUCUCCUCCGCCAUCUCCACCACCACCACCACCACCCCCUCCGGCGACGGCAAGCAGGGGGCAAAGGGAAACGACGACGACGACGAGUGAGGGCAAACCAGGACAAAGCAGGAAGGAUGCACGCGAAGUCGGACUCGGAGGUAACGAGCCUGGCGGCAUCCUCGCCGCCGCGGUCGCCGCGCCGGCCGCUUUACUACGUGAUGAGCCCGUCGCAGCACGAGGCAGAGAAGAUGUCGAUAUCUUCCAGCCCCCCCGCGUCGCCGUAUCACCAACACCACCACCCGCACCACCACCGGUACGCUAGCUCCCCAAUCCACCACUCCAGAGAGUCCUCUACCACGCGCUUCUCCGCCUCGCUCUGGAACGGCGGCCCUUGGAGGAAGCUCUCCUACGCGCGCGACGGCUGCGAGGAGGAGGAAGACGACAGCGAUGAGGAGGACAACGCGUGGAGGCGGUCGGGCAUCCCGCCGAAAUGCUACGCCGUGCUCUUCGUCCUGGGCUUCGUGGCCCUUUUCUCCUUCUUCUCCAUCGUCCUCUGGGGCGCAAGCAGGGCCUACAAGCCGAACAUUUCUGUCAAGGUCACAUAUUCCCUUCGUCUCCCUCCCUUCCCACUGACUCGUCUCAGCCGUCCCCCCAAGCCGAGCGGACCUGGUUGACAAGACCGACGAAUCCUAUCCCUAUCUCAACUGAAGAAAUGAUUUUUUGUCUCUCCUUCCAUGGCAGAGCAUCGCGUUCCAGAGCUUCAACCUCCACCCGGGGAUGGACUGGUCGGGGGUCCCGACCAAGAUGCUGACGAUGAACUCGACGGUGAAGAUCUCCUUCCGGAACCCGGCUACCUUCUUCGGCGUGCACGUUUCCUCCACCCCUCUCGAGCUCUACUUCUGCGACCUGGUCGUCGCCGCCGGCCGCGUAAGCUCCCCUUCUAUCUCCCUCUCCUCUCCCUCUCCCUUCCUCCUUCCCUCCCGUUCUGCAGGUCACGAGUGUUUGUCUGCUUGUUCCACUGACGAGUAGAUGAAGGAGUUCUACCAGCCGAGGAAGAGCCAGAGAAUGGUGACGGUGAGGGUGGCGGCGGAGCAGGUCCCGGUCUACGGCGGAGGGUCGACCUUCACCAGCCUCGGCGACGGGGAGGCCCCAGCGAACAUCCCCCUCAACCUGACCUUCGUGAUGCGGGCUAGGGCGCGCGUCCUCGGCAAGCUGGUCCGGUCCAAGUUCUACCGUCGGAUACGCUGCUCCCUGCACUUCACCGAGCCGCACCUCCGCAAGCCGUUGGAUCUCUCCCGCGUCUGCCGCUACCGUAGCUAGCCCCGGCGCUGCCGCGAGGUCGGUCCUCUCCCUCCCCUGUUAAUGCCAGUCAGAGGCCGCUGACACAGCCUCCUCCCGUGUUAGAUUUUGUUGAAAAUCGGUGUUCUGUUCUGUCCGCUGCAGAAGUCAGAGCGGCCCGUGAUCUCCGUGGGUCAUUGGUUGACUCUGACCGUGGGGCCCGUUUAGUUCGGGAGGAGCAGGAAGUAUAGGGAUAUGAAUCGCAUGUUUUAAAAGGUAUGAAGGCAUUUUAUUCAAAGAAAGGCUAAAUGAGUAGGAUGCACAAAGGAGCAGUAGCAUCAACUGAAGCACGCAAUGGGAGGAAGGUACAUGGAUGGUUACAUAUUUUCUACACACUCAAGGCAUAUGCGAUCUCCAGAAACCAGGGAAAGAGGAAAAAGCGAGCGAGGGUGGGUCCGGUGUUCCUGAAACAGUUCCUGGUUCACUCCGCGCCGUUGGUCUUGUAGCCGGGGAUCUUGUCCAUUAUCUUUCCGAUGAAGCCCUUCUUCUCCUUGGCGGCGGUGGGGCUGUCGCUUUCGUGGUGGUCCGCGGGCUCGGCAGCUGCCGUUCCCACCUCCGCGGGCUGCUUUGGAUGGCCGCCGCCAGGGAGCUUCUCUUUGAUCUUCUCCAGAAGGGUCUUCUUCUCCUGGGUCUCCGACUCCGGCGGCGCCAGGUUCUCCACCUUCUCCACGGGGAUGGUGUUGUCUUCAACUACGGCAGCGACGGCCUCCGGUUGGGUCUUCUCAGCUCCUCCUGCGCCUUCCUUCUUCUCGCCCGAUAUCUUCUCCUUGAUCUUUUCUUUCAGACCUUUCUUCUUCUUCUUCUUUUCCCCGUCAACUUCUUCCUCGUCGCUCGACUGUUUGCGUUCAAAGAGGAAAAACCAAACGCGUAAGGUGAGUGAGUGAGAGAGAGAGAGAGAGAGAGAGAGAGAGAGAGAGAUCAUAUUUUCUGGAGUCGGUUGGAAAGAAAUCAUACCGAGCUGGAGCUGCAACUGUGAGAUCGGUGGAGAAGGCCCUCCGUCUUCUCUUUCUUCACAUCCUCAACUCCCUCCUCGUCCACGUGAACUUUCUUCUCAAGCACAGCCGCGAUCACGUCCUCCCGGGCCAUCUCUCCCUCGCCCUCCGUCGUUUCCUCUUUCUUCUCACCCUCAGAUCCCUCCUCGGUCACAUGGACCUUCUCAAGCUCAGCAGCGAGCACGUCCUCCUGGACCUCCUUGGCUGUGGAAUCAAACUCGCCAGAGUGCCUGUCGGCCAUGACGAUCAAAGCUCUCGACUUCCUCCGCAGACGAAGAGACGACGAACUCCAAAGGGAAAGUCGCUUUGAUAAGGAGCAACCCCACUGGAAGGAAGUAAAGCAGCAAGCAGACGGCGAGCAUAUGAUUCGCUGUGUGCUAUCGGGGUUUAAAUAGACCAGCAGAAUCGUGCGUUACGCGUUACCUACGCGACGAAGUAACUAUUUAAUCUUUAGAUAAACAUGGGAGGCCAUUGGCCUUUACGUUGAUAUAGUAACGUGACGCACGGAGAGUGAGUGAGCGAGAGAGAGAGGCUUUAUUGCCGACAACCGAGAAGGUAUCUAUCUAUACGUGGCUUGGGUUACGUGGGCCAAUGAUACUCUCUAGACGGUGAUGUCGGCGUCAUCAUCUGCGAGGGGCGGCAAUGGUGCAUGAGCCCGAAGUCGGUCGCCAGUCCUCGCCGGACCCUUCCCUCCGAGUUUAGCUGGUCACCGCCGUCGAUGGGCUCGCCGACGGUGAUCCUCUCGGACCCAAGAGGCCAUUGUCGGGCCAGUCGGGGGCACCCGGAGGAGACUGUUUGGCUCGUCUACCAUUCAAACGAAAGCAGCCGCCAUCUGGUGACGCAUCACGCCGCCCCUUCCUCUUGUUUCUAGCGGGCAGUCGCAGUUGUUGGAGUAGGUUAAGAGGUGACGAAGGUUUACUUGUCUUCCUCCACCCGGAGUCUGCCGCACUUCUCAGAACUAUUAUUGAACCGCUGCGGGGGAGCAUACCCACUAAAAGACUAUCUAUCCCUUUCUCAAAGGGAAUAAUAUUGUUAUUCAUUUAAGAUAAUAUUUCCUGAAUUUCUGAUAAUAGUUAUGACUUGUGGGUCUGACGCGUGCCGGAUCCAUAUUGGGCCUUGGAAAGAGGCCCACUAUAAAUGGGCCUAGGUGCAGCAGAUAUUGAUGAAGCCAAAGCUUGGUGGAAGCUAAGCUGAAGAUUGGGCGAGGGGAGUGCGGGGAAUAGAAAGUUAUUAAAUCAUACGAGAUAAAUCCGAUAAUGAUGGGAGGACUAUACCUUUAAUUACGUGCGUAUUUAUAUGAUAUAAUAAGUAGCGGUUUUCUUCUCUUUUUUUUUUACUAAUAAUACGCCAUUAAGUUCAAGAAAAUUUUAGGGCACAUGCCGUACGCCGUCCAAGAGCGACCGCCAUCUUUUAAGGCGGUAUUACGAUCGUGAGAAUUAUUAUUUCAACAUUAAUUGACAAGUUGGCUCGAUUUUAAUAUUAUAUUUAUAUUAAUUUGGAAUAAACACGCUUGGGACUUGUUCUUCACCUUGGAAUCUCCACGACGUCAUCUCACGCCAUCCAGUCCAACUUGGGCAUAACGUGCUGCUGGGCCGUGGCCAUACUUUGACUAUUACAGUGUACGAGCAAGACUUCAAACAACGAACUGUACACCCCCCCCCCCCCCCCGCCUGCCCCUUCAAUAUUUCGUCUCCGAGAUAACAUUUUAAAUAGGGAAAUUCUAAAAAAAAUUAGUCAAUUCCCCUGAUCGGGGACCAAGUCUCGAAUUUAUAGAGCACGGGCCGGACCGGUCGCUCGGUGUUGCCCACGUGGUUUUGACUGGCCUGGUCUUACGAGAAAGCUAAGCCCCAAUGGGGAUUACCAGGCUGGCCCCAGUUCCGCCACAAAUGGGUUCAUGCUGGGCUCGGGCCAUGUGGAAGCCUGGUGGGCCACGCCAGAAAUCCAACACUCAGCUAAGUAUAGAAAAAAAAAAAAAAAAAGAAAAAAAAACGGGAAAUUUGAAUUUCUUCAGCGAGCUGAUGUAUUUCACCCUCGGAGUUUUGCGGUAUAGAUGACAUUUUGACGGGUAUGGAGAAAUAACUGGCCUUCACUGAAAGACGGUUCCAUUAAAUCUCUCUAAUUGAAUAUCUUGAAAGAAUCGCACAACAUCCAGCAACUUGUUUCCGACGUCGACCCGGUGACGACCCUCGUCGCCUAAAACCAUAAGCUCGCUCUUUGACUGCGAGCGACACUUAAAAUCCGGAGUCAUAGCUAUUACUAUGUGUAUUUAAAAGUCGAGGGAGGCGGUGCGGUCGUGAUCACACCAGGCGGAGGGUCCCCCACGGCGUCCUCAAGAAGGUUUAAAGAACCGAAACUUGAGGCCCUUGAUGACGAUGCUCCACACGCCGGCGAUGACCAGCAGGAUGCUCAGGGCCAUGCCCAGCACCCCCAGGACCAUGUUGAUACCCCACAUCAGGCUGUACCUCUUGGGCUUCUUGAUGCUCAGCCACAUGAAGCACGGGUACGACAACGUCACCGGCAGCGCCACGCCACCGACGAGGCUGGCCAUGUCGGAGAGGAACGGGAAGGCCACGCCGAUGAGGAAGGCGAUGGCCCCGAAGAGGACGCGCAUGGCCGAUCGGAGCCACUUCGGGCAGGGCUUGUUCUUCUUUUUCGUGUAGCCCGCCUCCAUUAUGUCGAACAUCGGCAUCCCGUAGAUCUGGAAGGCGCAGAGGCAGUUGACCACGACGAGCAUCGCCGUCAACCCCAGCACGCGCUUUGAGGUCUCCGCGCCGUGGAACCUGUACAUCGCACUGAGAAUCCCGUUGGGUGGUAUCUGCAAUAGCACGGCGGAGGGUUAGAUUUUGUGAACCGUAUCAGAUGAUCAUACUCGAAACUGAUUAUCAGGGGGGAUGGCGACUGGAAAUAUUUGCUCCUUAGUUCGCUCCACACGUUUACGCACGCGAAGUGAACCUUCGACUGACUAUAUCGCACGGUCAACGCCGACGGAAAACACGCAGGAUUUCAAAUGUAUAAUCACAUAUGAACGGAUCACCAAAGCAAUCGACUGGUACUAUUUUUCUUUCUCUUCGGGAGGUUAAGUUUUGAUAGUAGUAGUUUACUAGAAAUGGCCAACCCCAGGAAAUAGCGGGUGCAUGCUUACCAGAUUGCCGUAUGCCCAGUAACCGGCGAUGGCAACGGGGAAGAGGCACCCGGCGAUGACGGCGCUGGCAAUCCUCACGCCUUUCCACAUAGGGACGCGAGAGGGGUGCUUUUCGGUUGAUGGCAUCGUCGCCUGCAGCAGACCGGAUCGAAUCAGCUGAGAAGACCCCAGAAAAGAUCGUACAUGCUUGAUGAAGGUUUCCAAUUCAUCCUCUCACGUUACCUGGAUCUCCAGAACGAGGUUAUGGCCUCUGAAAGCAAAGGCGAUGAUUCCGAUCCCGUUCAGGACCCCCAGGACGCUCUCCACCUCCGAUUUGCCCUCCACGGUGGUGUAGGAUACGCCCUCUGGCCUCCCCUUGGCUAAGGAGAGAACCCACAGGAUGGUGCAGUAGGCAACGGCGGUGAUCGAGCCGACGAGAGAGACUCCGGCUAUGGAGUUGAGGUUGGGGAGCUGGGAGAUCAGGACGGCCGCGCAGGUAAAUACCAGGUACCACUCGAUGGCUGUCAGUGGCUUGGACCGGCACUCGGGUCCGCAGACGAUUUCGUAGAAGAGCUUCAUGCUUCCGCCGCCGAUGAUGAUGAGGGCCGUGCAGAUGCCAGCCGAGAGGUACAUGGUGGGAAACUGAACCAGGGCGUUUCCAAGCUUCUCCCCUGCACGGCGGAGUCGAUCAGUUCUCCUAUUUAACCAUGCCAUGGUCACGGUCACAGAGAGAGAGAGAGAGGGAGGGAGAGAGGUCUCACCGAAAGCCUUCAAGGAGAGUUGGAGGUAUCUGCUGUAGCGGACUCCAGACUCAGAUUCAUGAAGUUGGGUGAGUAUCCAGAGCGCGUACAACUGCCACAUGAAGCCAAGCGAGAGGCCCAAGAUACCCCACACCCUGCACAAGCGAGAAAAAGUUCUCUUAGGCGUCAUGAACGGAAAUGGGAGGAGGAAGGGUAAUCCUCGGCGGGUUCUUCUUGUCUUACCAGCCGAGGAAGGAGAAGGCAACGGGGAGAAGAAGCGCCUGGAAACCGAUCCCAGCGCAGAGAGUGUGGAAUGCGGCGUAGAAGGCGUUGCCGCUCCUCGACUCCGUGAUGGGAAGCCAGGCGUCCUGCGGGUCGAGUCUGGUGAGGUGGCCGACGUCCUCGAGGUAGUCCCUCACCGUCGCUGCCGCUUUCCUCAUCGGGCUGGCCAGCGGCGUGAUGUACUGCAUAGGCGUCCUCGGCGUUCUCGGCGUCUUCGGCGUCUUCGGCGUCAUUGGCGUCAUCGGCGUCAUCGGCGUCCUCGGUGUCUUCGGCGUCUUCGGUGUCUUCGGAGUCUUCGACGUCUUCGGCGUCACCGAGGCCUUCGGCGUGGAGGGCGCUAGCAGCGGCGACCGCGACAUGGACGGCGAGUGGAGCUGCGACGGCGGCGCGGAGAUGACCGUCCUGGUGUACGACGACAUAGUUGGAGUCGCCGGCCAGGAGUAAUCCUCCACCACCUCCUCCUCCGCAGCCCUCGCCAUUCUCUCCCCCUCUCCUUUCCCUCUUCUCUCCCUCAAACUACGACAGAUGAGGCAGGCUACCCUCCGGUGCCUUCGUCUUAACGUGGUUGUUCUUGUGGGGAGGAUACCCCGUCAACAAAGGCAGCUCAGGCGGAGCCCGCCACCCUUCUUUAUUCGGCCUAUCAUAUGAAAAUCCCUUCGCCGGCUGCGGCCUCCGAGAGGGUUGGUGAGGGAUGCGGCCAACGUCGGACGGCCAGGCGGCCGCCGUUGACUAAUCCCCUAAGAAAGGCGACAGGAACCGGUGAGGGAGGAAGAACGUGGAGAACCUCCAUGAUUGGCUUCUUUCACUGGCAGACAUGCAACAACCAAACAUUAAAUAUAGUAGAAUGAUCUAUAAUGUUCCAUAUUUCGUAUUGUCGAUUAACGGAGGAAAAGCUGAUCACGGAAGAUAAUCUGGACGCGCGCACGGUCCGUUGACUCCCCCAAUAAAUCGGUUCAAAGAAAGAUAACCCUCGUUUGACAGCUCCCUCAGGCAUCAGAUAUGGACGCACUUCCGAGACUUUAUUGACAGCAGAAUGUCGCAAAUGGCCCAGGGAAAGCUCAAGAAGCUCGAGUCCAAGCCGUAGUUCGGGUGGUAGGUAACGUGGUACCAUGCAGACGCCAUCUUCGGCCGGUCGUCCUCACUACAGCCGUCUCGGAGCCAACCCCCCGCCUCCUCCUGCAAGGCCCCGAUCGCCACCAAGAUCCGGUCUUUGACUUCGGCGUACCUCCGCCUGUCCGUCCGCAAGUACACCGACCUGUUUCGGAGAUUACCCGUCAGAAUCUCGUCCUCGCAGGUUGCUCCGAAGUAGUCCAUUAGGUCUCUCAGUUUCUCCGCGUACAGGUCCCUGUGGCCCUUUGCGGCGUCAAGAAAGGCCUCGAAGCCUUUGACCUGGAGGUCCCCGUCGAAGUUGACCGGAUUCGAGGAAGCCGCGCGGGGGUGGCGGCGCUCUGCGAUCCUGUUGUAGAGCUUCCCCAGUACCCCGCUCGAGGUGUAUGUGGGCUUGUCCCAUCUUUCCAUGAAGUCCGGGUACUCCUUGGGCCUGAGAAGCUUCGGCAUCUCUGCCGGCGCCCCGGAUUUCGCGAAGUCAACGGACGCGGAAUGGAGUCUCGCCAGUUGCAGGCAGGCGCCGCUCCGAGCUUUGCUUCGCGCACGGUCUGCAUGGACAAGAUGGGCUGUCGAGAUCGCUCCGAGGGUAUCAUUGAUCAUGUAGUCCACGAAGAACCUCUGAAUUUCCUGCCUCAUUUGACCAUUGAUCGCGUGAAGUCAGCCCAAUAAUAAUCCUAAGCUCUCCGCAUCAUAAAAAUGUAUAUGUAGAGAGAGAGAGAGAGAGAGAGAGAGAGAGAGAGAGGUGAUGGAGGAUGAUGCAUAAAAUAAUAUCAGAUUCUCGAGACAGAAGUGGAAAUUUGUUUCUUCAUACCUCCAAUGUUACCUCAUGGUCCAUGAUACGAGGCCUACGGGGGAUGUAAUCCAUUGGCUCGUCAGUCGUCGGGGGGAUGAGAUUUUCGUCCCAGGAAACAAAAUACAGGUCGCCGUCCAGGUCGCCGCCGGAGCACUCACUUGGAUGAGGCCUGCGAUGAAUCAGAAUUGUCAUAUAAGGGGAAAAGAAAUCGUUCACGACACCAUUCUUUCGGCGAGUUCCAAAAAAGAGCAUCGCAGUUCAAGCUGCGAUGAUGACGGUCUGUAAAGUUUGGUUCGACGAGGCUUGAUUAGCCUUCAUGGCAACAACAUUUCGAGAUUAUCACACGAAGAACCAUUUAUCUUCCUCCCGCAGCCGGUUAAAGGCCGAAUCUUGCCCAAUAUGGUAUAGAGUUGAGGGUCAACGUUCAUGCCGGAGCUAAAAUCACAAUCAGCUAAUUACACCAGUGAGCCGUAAUCCUUCUUUGCCCGGAGCAGAAUCCAAAGGCGAGGACUUACAUCGCCGUCGAUACUAGUACCAGCCGUCGCCUUGGAUCUCUCAUGCAGGCAGAUCCGUCCUCUUGUAGGAAGUUGUAUAGCCAAGAAGUUUUGUAAAAGAACAAAAAAAAGAGGGAAAAAAAGGGGUUCAAAGCUUGAGAUACGAGGUACUACCUCUCUCCUUUCUGGGGAAAGACGAUGCAGUCGACCAGGCCCUUCUCCUCCAGAAUCCAUUCAUAUACCGCAUCAAGAACUCGAAUGUCGCCCGGAUGGAGGCAGGGGUUCUUCGUGACGACCACUUUCCCAAUCACAGCCGCCGUCGUCCCGUCGAUCUUUCUGAAAAAAGCUCGGUCUCCGUCUUGCAGCUCUGAGCUCGUCAUGGUCACUCUGACGUAAACUUGGCCGUAGUUCAGAGCGCGCGCUUCGUCCAAGCAGCCGAUCAGGACACGGCCCCUGGGUACAAAUAUCCGGCACUUACUCCUCAUCUCAGAGAGCUGGGAUUCGUGGCGAGCUUUGAGGAGCAUGGAAAGAUAGGGUUCGGCGCUCGGCUCGUAGCCAUGAAUCAGCAUCUUCAUGGCUGUUCUAGCGUCACCUCCGGCCGCGCCCUCCAGAACCUUCAUGGCUGCCUCUCUGUUAUCAAGCAUUUCAUCCAGAUCGCGCAUGUUCUUGCGCUGAAGAUCUUCAAAGACUUCAUCCCUCACGCCCAACGUUGACAGAAGACAGAUGAUCUCCCUGUUCAGAUAGCACGGCGUGCUCUCACUCCACCUGGUCACAUUGAGCAUGGUGUUCGUCGAAUCGAACUUCUGCAUGCUCCUUCGCAGCGAGAGCUUCCGGAAGGAGUUGCGAUCGAUGGCUACAACGCCCUUGUAGCCGCCAUACCUUAUCUGGAAGGCGGAAGGGGUGUGAUUCAGUCCACACUUCUGGGCGACUUGCCUGGCAAAGGACAGAGAGAUCUUCCCGAUCCCAUCUGAGAAACAGUAGUCGAUCCCAUUUGCAGAAGCUUCAACGUCCUGAAUAAUCUCCGCCUCCUGGUGGGGGACGUUGAAUGUUUGGAUCGAGGAGCUGAAUAGCUGGCCCAUCCUCGCCGCACAUUUAGAAACGCUUCUUAUUUUAUUGAACCGACCCAUCCAGGCUCUGAUUUCCUCUGCCCUGACACCAUGGUUGGAGGCGAACAUCCAGGCCGAAUGUCCACGGAGUUGACUGGCAGAAAAGGCUAAGAACUCGAACUUCUUCUCGCCAAUGGAGAUCCCUUCCCUUAGAACGGAGAAUAUCCGGCGGUAAAUGCUGGUCCUGUAGGGCUCUGAGAACGCGCCUGAUUCGAUCCUCGUUGAGAUCGCAUCGGAGGGAAUCUUACUCCAGUCUUCCUCAACGAAGGAUACUCGAAGGAAAUCGGAGGCGUAUGCAACGUAAUGCUUCAGCACAUAGUUGGAUGCUUCCAGCUCAGGGCCCACAAGGUAAACCCUCGACGGAGUCACGAGAGCUCGGUGGCAAUUCAUCACCGUGUUGCUCGAGGAAACAUGACUCCUCUGAUCUCUCUGGGCUUUGCCCGAGUGAUCCUCGAUGAAUUUCGCAGGAUCGAAGCAGGUGGAUUUCUCCCUCCGCAGCUUCACCAGGAUCUGCCCAGCCUUAUCCACUGGCAAGCUGCUUAAUCUGUGAAAGAGUCUUGAGUUGACUUGCCCGUGGGAGAUCUUCUGCGUGUGCACAAGAUAAUUAAGUUGGAAGAAGAUCUCAUAUGGCAGAGGCGAAAGAGGAUCGAGUCGGUAGCUGAUAAUGGGAGGAAAUUCUGAUGAACAAUGAUUCUCUCUUCCCUUGGUCAUACGUAGAUCACCAAGCGAUUCAUAGAGAGGAAGAUUUCUAAUCGCAUCUUCCAAUCUGGAUGAUUCCCCAGGGAAAUCCAGACAGAAAUACGACGAUUGCCCAAUAGAGCGGGAUGCUGAAAAGUCAACCGAGCGAACCCAGCGAAACUGAAAGUCCUCUUUGCAGAAAUGGUACCGGUCAACUCUGAAUCUUGGCGUAAGAGUGGGACCAGAAAUUCUAUGGUAUAUCCUCGGUGCGUAUUUCAGCUUCAGAAAAAAUCAAGAAAAAAAUCAUGUCAGAUGCCAGUCAAAUGGACGAACAGAUCUCUUAAGAUUAGUCAAAUGCCCGAGAAUUCAGAUGCAAAGUCCGGCGGGAAGGUGAGUCUGAAAGGUUCUCUCUGACUUUGUGGAGCUAAUGGGAAUAAGUAAAAUCGUGAUGAUCCACAGACGAAAGAACGAAGUAAAAAAUGCCAAAGAAAGUAUGCAGAUUUUGAACGGACCUUUGCGCCUGCUACAGAUUAGACCGUGGACUUUAAGGUUUUUAGAGUCUAUGGUCAAUUUUUGAUGCUGUAUGACUCCCAAAAAACCCGUCUGAUGACAUAAUCUGCCAUUCCAAUUCCGUAAUGCGAAGUUCGAGUAAUGCGAAACGGAAGUUGCGAAGUUUCCCUUUUCUCAGGGGGGAAUUCCGUGCAGGGAUUGUACAGGAGGAGCAACUCGCAUGAAUAAUAGAUGACAUUGUCUGAGAGUUUCCUGAUCAAUUUGUUCAAAUGCAGAUGGCGCUACCUUGAGGAGGAUUGCAGUUUCUCUCUCUUCACGCACGGAACAGAUAAAGCUCCCGCUGAUAUCCCCAAACAUUAUUUCCAGCUUGUAGAGGCGCCCCUCCUGCUCCAGCAACACCUCCACCUUCUGCCUCUCCGGCAUCAGCUCCACCCGGACGCCUUCCCAAGUCUCGAGCACCUCCAUCUCGCGUUCUCCCGAGAGGAAACCGGCGCGCAGAACCGCUCCGCACAGGCGGUUCCGGGGCUCCGCCGGCCUGACGAUGAUGUCGUCGAAUACCUCGGACAGGAGGAGGCGCGCGCGCUGGAAAACCCCCAGCCGGCCGUCGGCGUGGCGGCGCAGGGCCUCCUCGGCGGCGUCGACGGUCUCGAACUGGAUUCUCCCGGCGCCGCGGGACUUCCAGUUCUCGUGGACGGUGAAUAUCUCGCAGGCGAAGACGGAGCCGACGGCGCCUUCGAAGAAGUCGAAGAGCUCCCGCGCGACGGCCGUCAUGGGUAUGCCGGAGACGCCCACCGUCGCCCUCGCCGGCGCCAUCCGGGGGAAAGCCGAGCCCUCCUCUGCCUGCGAGGGAGACGAGCUCUCGCGUGGUUCCGCCCCCGCCCGGAUUUUAA